UUCUCACCGGCUGUGUUUUGCGCUGUCGUCUGCUCGGAGUCAGUAUCAGCGCGUUGGAUAAUCUAGAGCUGCGACGUACUCUCUUCGACAUUGGACGGCCCGUGUGUGUUUCAACAUGUGAAAAUUUCGUCUGCCAAAACCACUUUUGGCAUUACGAAGCUGUGGAUUACACUUUCUGUGCGAGUCGUCUGCUACUAAAUUGCGCUUCGUGAUGCUACCGGCAACGUCUUCUGCAAUCCACACUUGCUGGCCUGACUAGUGUUCCGGACAUCUACACAGCACUUCACCUGUGCGUCAUCAAUUUGUUGUUUUACGUUUUAUUUGAGACAGCACAACUCAGCAUGUCUCAUCGUUGACACUUCUUGCGGUGCGCUUCCAGUGAUUCACCAAUAACUGACUGCUCAUGUGACAUUUGUACCUGACACAUCAGCACUCCUUUACUAAUCUCGCUUCCGGUGGAACCGCGGCUUCUUUCCCAACCUCUCAACGUGAUAUCGCGCAACAGCUUUCACACAAUGCCGGAAAUCUGACUCUGAAAGAAAAAGGUCCUUCUCCAAACAUAGGACGAAUAUUCGGCUGCAAAAAAAAUCGCAAUGCUGGCUCAGACGAUCGUCUGCGCCCUUUUGUUAGUCGUCUGUUCCUCGACAGGCGCGGAACCGGCAUCAAACAAGUGUCCGGCGGAUUGUUCGGCAGACAAGCCAUGUCCGGGACACGAAGCGAAAUCGUGUGAAACAUGGACACUAGACAUAUGUGAUUGCUGCAAGGUUUGUGAGUUUGCAACCCAGGGUGAGCCCUGUGGAGGUCCCAGUACCGCAAAGCUGUGCACACUACCUCUGGAAUGCGUAGCAGACGACAGUAUUGGCAGGAUUGCAGACAUCCGCGAGCGUGGCCGUUGCCUAGAGAGGAAUUGUUCCACGAUCGAAUGUCCCGCAUUCACCUGCCCCGAAGACAGCUACGCCCUGCCGAGUGUCGUCUCUUCCGGCCGAUGCUGUCCCCUCCAACAAGGAUGCGCCUGCUUGCCAGGAGACUGUUUGUCGCCCGAUUGUCCUCCGGAUACAAUUCCCAAGUUGGUCAAACGCGGCAACCAAAUACCUGGUUCUUGCUGCGAUACGUACGAAUGCGCGGCCGUGAGCAGCGACGGGUCCUGCCGCGUCGACAAACAGACGUACAAGAACGGUGAAACGUGGCGAAACAAGUGUGGUUCGUGCUCCUGCCGCAACGGCGUCGCAAAUUGUCACGAUUAUCCUUGCAAAGGAGUUGACACGCAUUGUUCCUGGUUGCACAAAGCCGAGGGGGAGUGCUGCCCGCUUUGUCUCGGUUGUCUGACAUCGUCGGGUCGCCAGGUGAACAAUAGUGAGCAAUGGAAGGAGGACGACUGUACAUGGUGCGAAUGCGUCGCUGGUCGAGCAAAGUGCGAAACGCAGAUGUGUGAGACUAAGUGUGUGAAUGCAGUGAAGCAGCCUGGGAUGUGCUGUCCGGCAUGCGAGAAGCCGUCACAGCUCCUCAGUAUCUACCAGCAUCACGGUCCAAACGGAACACAGAUGUGUUCCCAUGGCAACCGCAGCGUCUGGCGCGACAAAUGUCGCCAGUGCGCAUGCCACGACGGUCGAGAAUUCUGCUCUCCGAUUGCCUGUCCUCGGACGUACUGCGAUCACCCAAUACUGGAGCCUGGAUCAUGCUGUCCUAUAUGUCUGAACGAUGCAGCGAGCCCGUUCCAGCAAUCUCCCGCAAGUGCCGCUGUCUGCCAAGGACUGGACGGUCACGUGCACCGCGAGGGAGACACCUGGUGGCUGGACGACUGCACGCAGUGCGUCUGUAUCGAGGGCUUAGCGCUGUGCGACUCAGCUCCCUGUCCCGCAGCACCGUGUGCGAACCCUGUGAAGAAGCCCGGUCAAUGCUGCGCAGCUUGUGCAGACAAUGACCACCUGGGAAGCAAUCAUUCCAAUCAACUACCGUGUUCCAACGGCAUGAAACACGGCCAGACGUGGCGUCCAGAACCCUGCCUCAGCUGCAUCUGCCGAGCGGGGAAGGAACACUGUUACCGAGACAUGUGUCCGGUGCUCUCGUGUCUUGAGCCUCUGUUCUUCAAGGACAAAUGUUGCCCUGCGUGUCCAGCGCCUGCUUCGAAGUCAUCGAUAAACUGCCACACAGACGGCAAGAUGUAUCAAGAUGGUGCUCUGUGGGCACCGGACAACUGCAAGCGUUGUCACUGUGUUAGCGGGCAAGUGAAAUGUUUCGAGAUGGGUUGUCAACAUGAUCUCUGCCGUUCCAGCGGCCACACGUCUGGCUGCUGCGCUCAUUGCCCAGAAGUAGUAUCCAACAAAUUUGGCCAAUGCACUCUGGGCAGCCUAACGUUCGCCGACGGCGAACACCGCGCUCUGGAUAACUGCAACCGCUGUCAGUGCGACAGGGGUCGGCUUCGGUGCCAGGAGACGAUGUGUCCCCAGGACUUCUGUCGAACUCGCAACCAUUCGUCUGGAAACUGCUGCAUGCAAUGUCCAGAACUCGAGCGUCAAGGUACCCGCGAGCGUGCCGGUUUCAUCACGGCGGUGGUGGUCCUUGUGGGCGUGCUUGCCAUCAUGGGGAGCUACACUUUCUACCUGUGGAGAAAGCACGUUGUGAAGGGCUACGCUCGCCCGGUGCAGCAACCGGCCUACAAGAAGACAGCCAAUGGAUACGUCUGAAUGCGUGUGAUAUACAACCUUUAAAGAAAAAAAAAGUAUUUAUGCCAAAGGUCAAAGUGAGAGACAGAUAGUCUUUCGCGCGAUGGACGAACAAAUCGGAAGAGGACCAAUCGAAGGAACGGUUCUCACACUGAAACCGGUGUGAGAACCAGGUGUGUUUGUGUGCGUGAGUGUGCUGUCGAUGAUGGAUUCAGUGUGCGAGUCUAGACGGCUCAGUUUUUAAGAGGCUUAUUUUUUAUUCUUUUAAGGAUGUAUAUGAAGCAUCGGGGGUGGGGAGACAAGAUGUAUGUACCUAUUUACGGUGUGAGACAAAUGUAUGUACAGGAUUCAAAUUGCAUGGUGUUUCUUUUAGUUUUUAAGAAUGCACGGAAUAAACGUAAACAUGAUUACGUACAUA